AUGGGCGAAACAAUUCGAGGCGCUGGGCUACUGAAAGCCGAUCUCAUGCUUGCGACGAUCGCGGAGAACCCAGACCGACUCGAAAAUGAGCGCCGGCGCUUUGCGAGGAGCGUGCAAUCAAACUCCUCCCAUUCCCAAAACUCGACCCGUUCCCAGAGUUCUGAGCCGGCUAGCGAUGAUAAGCAACGUCAGGAACAGGAAUUAUGGCGAGUGAGAGAACAAUACUACGCGUCGAGCCCUUUCCGUCAAUUCGAGGUCCAGAAAGAGGCGGAGUUACUUCGACUGUUAAAAGCUGAGGAAGAAUCGACGAUGACACAGCCCGCAGGAGUUGACUUUCAUCAACUUGCGGAUGACAAUGUCAAAGAUAAAUGGAAACUACAGGGCAUUUGGAAUCAGCGCUGGGGGACAACGAAGGAAGCGUGGAAGUGGAAGCAUGAGGAUUCCGGCCCGACGACCAAAGCAACAGCUACUGCUGUUGGAACUGGCCUAUCCCGCCGCCCAUACACGAGAUCAAUGGAAACGAUGAAAACAAUAAGACGGAGCACGCCUGAAGAGAAAAAAUCGAAAUCAUGCGACAGCGAUCGGGAUGCGUCUCGUCCGUUCAACCAAUUCAUCCAUCAGAUGUUCGAGGAGUACAAGCGAACUCGGUCAUUCAACGAAUCGGAUGUAUUUGGUGAUAAACCUGACAUUUAUACGAGAAUUUAUGAAGCGACCAGAGCGGUUUGGAUUGAGCGAGGGAUAUGGGAUGUGAGAUGGGGCAUACUUCCUGGUCUCUCGUGGAAACACGAAGAGAGUCUCGACAAUGUCCUCAAUAGGGAAUCCGGCGGAAAAAGCGACACUCCUCAACCAGUCGUCCCAGCUCUUAGUGGUCAUGGAGCCUUGGGAGGUUCAUCUAGCUGUGUGUCUGCGGGCUUGGUUCUGGAUAAUAACAAACCACCAGCUGGCCUCGCCGCAUCUUCCCGAUUCACUGAAGCCACAAGGCUACACAGGCGUACUAAGCUGCUCGAGCCAAAUGUGCGGCAUUCACUGGAAGCACGGCAGGCAAAUCCCCUCCGCUGGAAUGGCUCAUUACGGCGGCAGCAUGUUGAAAAGGAGCUGCCCUAUGGGUAUCAAAUGUCCGCGUUGGAUGUGUCGAGAAAUGAGAGACUCAAUACCACAGCCCAGCGCCGACAACAAAAAGCUGAUCACCGACGGGAGGCUAGCACCAGGGCAGCCGAUCAACACGGCAGAGAUGAUCUGCCAUACCUAGCCAGGUUACGCCCCAGAAUAGCGCGAGGCAGGGCGCAACUGGCCUCGCGCAGCAAAGGGUCGUCUUGA